UUUAGCACAUCGAGUUGCCUUGUCCUUCAAUUUUUUUGUUUUCCAUCAACCAAAUUCAAUUUAACAUGGAAUUGAACUUGGAAAUCAUUUCCACAAAGUUCAUAAAACCAUCGUCACCAACGCCAGAACAUCUAAAGAAUUACAAGUUAUCGUUCUUUGAUCAGCUCGCAGAAAGGGAACAUAUGCCACUACUACUUUUCUAUCCACGUGGCGAUGAGUCUCUCAUCGCUGACUUGUCAUUUGAUGAGAGACUCGAAAAAUCCCUUUCCAGGGUUUUAACUCAUGUUUACCCUGCAGCAGGAAGGUUGUCAAAUGAUGGAUUGUCAAUUGAUUGUCUUGACCAAGGUGUAAAGUUUAUAAAAGCCAAGGUCAAUUGUGAAUUCAAUGAUUUCAUCAAUCAGGUACAAAAUGACCUUAAUCUCGCCCCGUUAUUCUUUCCGGAGGACAUCCGGGAUUUGAAGGACGCGGAUUUUAACACCACUCCACCUAUGGUUGUACAGGUUACUGAGUUCGAAUGUGGUGGAAUUGCUGUGUCCAUUAGUGCAUCGCACCCCGUGAUGGAUGGAUUCACUAAUUUUAAAUUUGUUUACGAGUGGUCUAAAGUGUGUAAAUUUGGGAUUCCGAGUGAGGAGAUAAAUUUCCUGAGUUUUGAUUUUGGUGAGAUUUUUCCAGCAAGAGAUUUAUCGAGUAUUUUCCCCCCUCGUGUUCAUCCGCAAGAUUCGGAAGAAAAAAUUAUCGGUAAGAGAUUUUGUAUUGAUGAAGUAACUAUAUCAGGGCUCAGGGACAAGUUAGCAAAAGCAAUAGAUUCAGGGGAACUGUUCUUUAAGCCCUCUAGGGUUGAAAUUAUCACCGCGAUUUUAUGGAGGGCUUUGAUUCGUGUUUCAGAAGCAAAACAUGGAUAUUUGAGGCCUUCGUUAGUUUUCUUUCCAGUGAAUAUACGUGGGAAAAUUUUGCUACCUCUAAAAGGGAACGCUUUUGGGAAUUAUGUAAUGGAUGCUCCGAUCCUAUUUGUCCCGGGGAAGAACAAGAUGGAGCUCCACGAUUUUGUAACAUUGAUUAGGAGUUCGGUGCAAAAAGCUAUCGAUGCUUGUGUCAUAGGUUCAUCCGAUGAUAUAGUCGCGAAUGUAGCCAAUUCAUACAAAGAAAUUUUCAUGUCAAAAGACUGGGGAAUUGGCAAUGAUGAAGUUGAUAGGAGUGUAAUUUCGAGUUUGUGCAAAUUUCCAAUGAAGGAUGCUGAUUUUGGUAGGGGAAAACCGAGUUUGAUGCAUUUUGGAUUGCGAGAUUUUCAUAGUUGUUGGAUGUAUGACGGAGAAAAUGGAAGUAUUUGUGUGCAAGUUGACUUGAAGGAUCCUUAUAUGCGCUUAUUUGAACGCGAUAGUGAUAUCAAGACUUUCACCAAGUUUUAUUAAUUAUAUUUGCACAUCAAAUUAAAGCAAUUAUUGUAACAAGAAGAGCGCGAACUCAUUCUCAAGCAUGCUGGUUUUUUUAUGAUAUCUAUAGUAAUUCUAAGAGUUUUAUCUAGUUUCAAUGUUGCAUUUUUUUUUAUCUUGGACCAUGUUAUCAAGGAUUUUGCUAAGUUUUAGUUGUUCUAAGAGUUUUCUAUAGUAUUUGUUUUUCUU